AGUUUUAUACUUUGGCCGUAUCUGAGUGCAACAAACUUGGGAGGUUUAGGUUAAUAGAAAGUUUCGUUUCUUUUUUUUCUAAGGAGCGCACCGCUGAUUAGGCUAGGACAAUAUUUUUUAUUUUCAAAGCAACAUGCCUCAGCUCAGUAGCGGCGGAGGAGAUGAUCUUGGAGCGAACGAUGAAAUGAUAUCCUUUAAGGAUGAAGGCGACCAAGAUGAGAAAAUUCAAGAAAACGCUUUCACAGAAAGGGACUUAGCUGACCUCAAAUCGUCUCUGGUGAAUGAAUCCGAGACGAAUCAAAGUCCGAACGCAGCGGCGGUCAGACGGGGACAGCAAAACGAACACAGAGGUUAUCAAGAGAAACACCGGGAGCAUCUUGACGGCGUUUCCAAACAUCAAGAUGGAGGAAUGUAUAAAACAGCGUAUCCGGGGUACCCGUUUCUCAUGCUGCCUGACCCAUACAUCCCCAACGGAUCAGUGUCACCAUCUUCCAACAAAGUUUCGGUGGUCCAGCAGUCUCACGGGAUGCACCCCCUGACGUCCCUGUUGCCGUACAGCAACGACCACUUCAACCCCAGCCCCCCUCACCUGCCCACAGACAUGAGCCAGAAAGGCGUUCACAGGCCCCAGUCCCAGGACAUCUCAGGCUUCUACUCCCUACCUCAGGGCGGUGUGGGACAGAUGCCCCCCUCCAUGGGCUGGCAAAGUCAGCCUGUCUAUCCCCUGUCCUCAUGUGGAUUCAGACAGCCCUACUCCUCCAGUCUCCCCAACAGCUCUUCCUACCCCAGGUUCUCUCACUCUCUGAUGCUAGGGCCAGGCAUGCACUCAACGGGGAUCCCCCAUCCAGCCAUCGUGCCACCUUCAGGCAAACAGGACCAUCAUGACCAUUACGACAGGAACAUGUACGCUAAGCCACACCAGGAGCCCAAGCGGGAGAAGGAGCCUAAGAAGCCAGUGAUCAAGAAGCCUCUGAAUGCUUUCAUGCUGUACAUGAAGGAGAUGAGGGCCAAGGUGAUCGCUGAGUGCACGCUGAAGGAGAGCGCUGCCAUCAACCAGAUACUUGGCAGAAGGUGGCACGCUCUGACCCGGGAGGAACAGGCCAAAUACUAUGAGCUGGCCAGGAAGGAGCGGCAGCUACACAUGCAGCUCUACCCCAGCUGGUCCGCCAGAGACAACUACGGCAAGAAGAAGAGAAGAAAAAGAGAGAAGCAGCAGGACUCCACCACAGAUAACUCUCUUGACUGUUCCUAG